CUACAGAAGGUAUCCGGGAGUUUAAGCCACUUUCCUUGUUGCUCCGGAGCCUCUCCACUCUCUCGAAAUCCCAAAUUGCUGCAGUGGGAGUUUAAUUUUUUCUUCUACUGGCACCUUUUCCCUCUCCUCUUCCGUGCUUCAACAAAUUUCCUUCUUUGUUUCUGCUGCAUUUUUUUCAUUCUAUUUCGCGGUUGGGAGUUACUCGAUCUCGACAUGAGCGCGACGGACUUGCUUGGAAUUGAGCCGCUGGAGCUUCAAUUUCCCUUCGAGCUAAAGAAACAGAUCUCGUGUUCUCUCCAUUUAACAAACAAAACCAAUGAUUAUAUAGCAUUCAAGGUCAAGACUACCAGUCCGAAAAAGUACUGUGUGAGGCCUAACACUGGGAUUGUAUUGCCUCGAUCCACAUGCGAUGUUGUUGUUACUAUGCAGGCGCAGCGGGAAGCUCCUUCGGACAUGCAAAGCAAGGAUAAGUUUCUUGUUCAGAGCGUCAUCGUGAAUCAAGGUGCCGCUUUGAAAGACAUUACUGCAGAAAUGUUCUCUAAAGAUUCAGGCCACAUUGUGGACGAGGUUAAACUGCGUGUAGUCUAUGUUUCACCACCUCAACCUCCCUCGCCAGUUCCAGAGGGAUCCGAGGAGGGUUCAUCGCCUAGGCCGUCUGUGUCAGAUAAUGGACACAUUACAUCCUCGGAAUUUGCUGCUGUUAAUACGACAAGAACAGCAGGUUUUGAGCCAAAAGAAAGAUCUUCUGAGGCAUCGGAUUUACUAUCAAAGUUGACUGAUGAGAAGAACCUUGCCGUUCAACAGAACGCUAAGCUCCGACAGGAAUUGGAGCUAUUGAAGAGAGAACUGAGCAAAAAGCAGGGCGGCUUCUCCUUCAUUGUUGUGCUGGCCAUAGCUCUUUUGGGCAUUAUUCUCGGCUAUCUCUUCAAGUCAUAGCUCUCAACAAAGAAAGUACCCAAACAAGAAAGGAGCUGACUCAUUUCUGAACAAAAUAUUUAAUGUGUUGUAGAUUUUAGAGCGCCUUGACUCAGAUUUAUUAUUUGCAAAAGAGUCCACAGAGCAAACCAAUUAUGUAUUGUUCCAAUUCCACAGCUUCUUAAUUUUUUUUCUUACUUUCUAUUGAUCUUUAGUACUGAGUCAAAGAUUGAGCUGUUUGUGUCAGUUUUUGUUAUCCUUUCAUUGA